GAGCCACAUCAGGCGAGCAGGAGGGGAAAAAACGAGCAGGACGUUUCCUUCUGAAAUAAAGCUGUCUGACAACCUGCGACACUGUCACAGUAACGCUGUCCAAGUGUCUUCAUCACGAGACUUCAUUACCGCCACCGCUACGACGAUCGUGGCUAGGAGCACGAUAGAUAGUAUAAUCUAGUAACCCUAAUGUACUGAUGACAGCGACGUACUUCGCGCCGUUAGAUGUUGCGCAGCCGACGGUAUCGGCAACGCUACCAAUGAAGCGGAAAAACUUAGGUGAAGGUUACGAUAAUGUUACUACCGAAUAUCGCAAAGACAUAAGUGCCACGCUCUCUUUUUCAACAGAUUGUAUCGACGUUCGCCGCGGCGCGAUUGGCGGCGCUAACUUCGUCGCCGCACAACCGAGAUCGCCCGAAUUAGUAGAGCACCCCACCUUGCCGCACAACGCGACAGUCGCAUAUGCUAGCACGGGCAAUCAUGGAAGCAGCAGCAUAAGGAAUUGCGCUUUACGACGGUCGAUGAGAGCCAGCGGAAACAACGGCGAUAAUCGCAACGACAGCAGCGAGGCGAUUCGUCAGGCGGAAGGAAAAAAGCUACGCGCGGCUUUGGUGCCGACGUGCCUCCCAGAGGAUGGCUUUUCUUGGCUAAAAUAUGGCGAAAAACCGCUAAUGAACCAGCCUAAUUGCCUUCGAUCGUAUUUUCGCUGCGCGGGUUCGGGGUCGCCAGGAGCGGAGCCUUGCCGUGCCAAACGAACUGUCGAUUGGCGCGUCAACACCCAACCAGCCAGUUUCCACGUGUCGUUCACCGGUCAGCACAACCACAGUCCGCUACAAAAUCGCUCCCCACCUGCUUUCCCCGCAGUUGUGACUUCAUCCGCCAGCUCCCCUGGUGCCUCCGCUCCGACCGAAAUCUGCGAUGCGGGUGUGGCGAACAGUGUAGCCCAGGCUACUUCGACUUGUUAUACCGGACGCAGGAAUAACGGAGCGAGCUUUGCUUCCCGUCGCAAACCUAACCACGGGUUUCGCAAGCUACCAAUGGCUGCGAUGGUGCUCGCGAAAAGUGUCGCCGGAACUGCUUUUGUUGCAGACACGAAGGGGAACGCAGUUGCUGGCGACAGGCGUGACGACAGCACCGAAGACACGCAAAACCGCUACACCUACAUUUCCAACCAAAACGGUCAAUUAUCGACAUCAUACAUUCCUCCCAAUGCAACUACUAAUCAUACUUCCACUUCUGAUGCCAACAAGCUUAAAUCCGUCGCUGCCCUGGAACUUCACCAUCCUCAAGCAUCCUGGUCCCCUGUUCCGCAUUCGGAAUAUGAAGCAAAUCCUUUUUCAGGGGCACCUCAGAACGAAGCCACAACCCCGUCAGCACCAAGAUCAAUGGUCACGAUUGCUUCCACACAUUCAAUUCCGCUGCUUUCUCCUGCUGCAGUCAUCAACCUCCGCACCAAUCAGAAGAGUCGCAUCAGCAGCUCCAGCAACAGUAUCAUCAUCAUCAUCAUCAUCAUCAUCAUCAUCAUCAUCAGCAGCAGCAGCAGCAUCAGCAGCAUCAGCAGCAGCAGCAGCAGCAGCAGCAGCAGCAGCAGCAGCAGCAGCAGCAGCAGCAGCAGCAGCAGCAGCAGCAGCAGCAGCAGCAGCAGCAGCAGCAGCAGCAGCAGCAGCAGCAGCAGCAGCAGCAGCAGCAGCAGCAGCAGCAGCAGCAGCAGCAGCAGCAGCAGCAGCAGCAGCAGCAGCAGCAGCAGCAGCAGCAGCAGCAGCAGCAGCAGCAGCAGCAGCAGCAGCAGCAGCAGCAGCAGCAGCAGCAGCAGCAGCAGCAGCAGCAGCAGCAGCAGCAGCAGCAGCAGCAGCAGCAGCAGCAGCAGCAGCAGCAGCAGCAGCAGCAGCAGCAGCAGCAGCAGCAGCAGCAGCAGCAGCAGCAGCAGCAGCAGCAGCAGCAGCAGCAGCAGCAGCAGCAGCAGCAGCAGCAGCAGGCAGCAGCAGCAGCAGCAGCAGCAGCAGCAGCAGCAGCAGCAGCAGCAGCAGCAGCAGCAGCAGCAGCAAGCAGCAGCAGCAGCAGCAAGCAGCAGCAGCAGCAGCAGCAGCAGCAGCAGCAGCAGCAGCAGCAGCAGCAGCAGCAGCAGCAGCAGCAGCAGCAGCAGCAAGCAGCAGCAGCAGCAGCAGCAGCCAGCAGCAGCAGCAGCAGCAGCAGCAGCAGCAGCAGCAGCAGCAGCAAGCAGCAGCAGCAGCAGCAGCAGCAAGCAGCAGCAGCAGCAGCAGCAGCAGCAGCAGCAGCAGCAGCAGCAGCAGCAGCAGCAGCAGCAGCAGCAGCAGCAGCAGCAGCAGCAGCAGCAGCAGCAGCAGCAGCAGCAGCAGCAGCAGCAGCAGCAGCAGCAGCAGCAGCAGCAGCAGCAGCAGCAGCAGCAGCAGCAUCAGCAGCAGCAGCAGUGUCAGCCGCAGCUGCAGCCACAGCCUCCGCAGGCUGUGCAGCAAUAUCACGGGCAGCCGAAGGAGGAAGAGGAGGAGCAGAAGCAGCAGCAGCAGUAUCAACAGCAGCAGGGGGAGCAGCAGCAGCUGCAGUAUCAACAGCAGCAGCCGGAGCAGCAGCAAAACCCAGUGUAUUGCGGAGAAGGCAAACAGUCCUCUCAAGGUCAGGCAUGCGGAUCAGAGGGCGGAGGGGGGGGUGGCAGAGACAGAGGCAAUGCCAACUUGGUGGAAAACGGAUGCUGCUCCACCGCCCCUUACGACGGCAACUCCCCUACUCAUGACACCACCUCCAAUGCCGAUGCGUCCAAUCCUGAUUUCUGCAUUCCUGACACCUCCAAUCCUGAUGCGUCCAAUCCUGAUCCCUGCAUCCCUGACACUGGAAACCCUAACAGCAGCUUCAUGCCCUUGACUGGUACCAAGCUCCGCAGCAGCAACAGCCUUGGCAGCACAGGAAGCACCCGCGUGCUUGCUCUCGGGUCAACUGAGAAGCAGCCUGGAAGCACACGCAUGCUUGUGCAUGGUGCGAAAGGUAAUGGCGAGUGUGCACCAGAGGCCUAUGUUUCUUGCUGCGAGCACCAGCCACAGCAACAGCAGCAACAUCAACAGCAACAGCAACGGCAGCAGCAGCAACAACAGCAGCAGCAGCAGCAGCAGCAGCAGCAGCAGCAGCAGCAACAACAUCAGCAUCAGCAACAUCAGCAACAGCAACGGAUGGUCCCCGCACCAUCGCCAUCACCAUCACCAUCGCCCUCACCAUCGCCAUCUCUUGUCCCUCCAGUGCCGCUUUUCCGAUUGCCAACAUUACGCCCAUCACCACCCUUAGCUGUGGCUGAUGCACCCUGCUCAACAUUUUCAUACGCACCUACCCCAUACGCACCCACAUCAUAUACCCCAUGUGAGCUCACGCAGUAUGCACCCACACCACACGCACCUGCACCAAGUGAGGCGUUCCCCCUGCCUGCAACGGACUCUGCCUGUUGCUGCUGCUGCAGGGAGGUCGACCACCCCUCUCUACCGCACUCCACCGCAUCUCAGAUCAUGGAACCUCCACAGCCUACUUGCUUUCCACCCGUAUCUCUAACCUUUUCAGCUACCCAUGCCCCGGAGGAGAACCACUCCUCUCAAUCGCUCACCACCACAUCCCUAGUCAUGGAGCCUCCACAGCCCACUUUUUUUCCACCCGCAUCUCUCCCCUUUUCAGCCACCAGUGCGACGAGCCUCCCUAACCACCACCAUCACCUGAGUAGCGGCCACCACCAUGUGGUUACCACAGUUGUGGCAGUUACUGAGUUACCACCAUCAACGGUUGCUCUAUCUGUGCAACAGUGCUCUUGUGAACCCAGUGCACCUGCUCAGCUAGAUGAAUCCUUUUUCCCUGCUAACGAAUCAGCUUACAGGAAGGUUACUUCGCUCCAUCCGUCUGCAACAGCGGAUCCAUACAUGCUACAGAGCGUUUCAGUUGAAGGUACAAGAUGGCCCAAACCUCCAACCACUGAGGGGGGCAUUCUGGAUUCGGCCAAUGACAUGUUAGAAGACAUUUUUGGGAGCUGCAGUGGGGGUGAUGACGGAUUGGAGACAAGGGACUGUAACGAGUCGUCUUCGAUGAGGAGCAACGUUACGGAAGAUGUGAAUGAAGCCCUUUUUGAGCUAGAUAUACCGGUGGAAGAAGGGCUUUGGUUUAAUCCUUUAGUUGAAUGUGUUGCUAACGAGAAGACAUAGCUUCCCAGGUGCUGAUAUGUUUUGCUGAUUUUUUUUCUCCCGUUUGAUAUUUUUCUGAUGCGUCGUGCUGUAUUACUUUGAUCUGAUUGCCCAUGAUU